AUGGAGUUCACGUCUUCGGCCGACCUUAAGGAAGUUGCAAGAGAACUUGCUAAACAUUUGGAUGUUUCUGAGACAGGUAGCCAAAUUGUGAAAGAGAUAAAUUCAAACAUCGCAAUUGCAUCGAGUCAAAUGGAAGAUAUGAAAGUCUCUCUUGAACAGAUCAGAUCCGAAUCCGCAAAACAAUCGGAAUCUGCUAAAGAGCUUUUCGAAGCAGCACAUCAUCUAGAUGCCUUAUAUAAUAAGAUUGAUAAUCUCGAAGCAUUCAUGAAUGUAGUAAAGAAAACGGUGAACGAUGUAACAGAUCGUGUCGAUGAAGCCGAACGAUUCCUAACGAGUCCCAUUAAUCGUGUCUGGGAGUCUCUGAAAUUGAAUACAGCUAGAAGCGUAGAACCUUCCGAAAUUGAUUUGCCUCCAAUGAAGCCUUUAGAAAUAUACAAUACAGCCGAUUAUUUCCUGGAAGAGAAUAAAUAG